AUGGUGGAAUACCAUAACGUGAAUCCGGUACCAGCAAUCUUGGCAGAAACGUACUUGACCUUAACUCAAUGUCACAAUAAAGGGAAAGGAAAGGUCAAUUGUUGUAUUGCAUUACUGGAUUUAUGGAUGCUUGGCCACCUUUAUGGAAAGACGCUUCCUUUCAGAAAGAAGAACGACUCAGACAGUAAUCCACUCAUGUCUUUUAAAGGCCAAUUCGUGAUUGACGGAAUGAGCUACAUGGAUUGGAAAAGAACCUUCUCAGAACUUAAAGAAAGUUCCAUUUUAUGGAAACUAGACUGGUGGUGGAAAGAGGAGGUUAUUUACCAUUGUGGUGACUUUCCGAAUGUGCCUUUAAUGGGACCCAGAGGGUGUAUCAACUAUAACCCUUCCUUAGCGUUAAGGCAACUGGCCUAUAAGCAAAAUGUUCCUUCUAAGAAAGAGGUGCAGGAGUUAUACUUUCUACAUAAGGAGGAUGGGACAAAGUUAUCAAACCAGAAUGUCAAAGAAGCAUGGCAAGAGAUAGGGUACAAAGGGAAGAUUGAGCUAGGGAUACGUGUAGUAAACUCAAGUCCAGAAUACACUACUUGGCUGAAGAGUAUGAUUCAAGGAGCAAAUCCUUUAUUUCAUCCUCAAAAUCCCUUGUUAGGCAAUGACUUGAAAGAGAUUAAUGGGCAAUUGGUUGAAUGCUUGAAGAUGAAGGAAAAUGAGUUACAAGCGCUUGCUAGCUCAGAGUCUAAGAAUAAAGAAGAAUUGGAAAAAUACCAAAACGAAUGCGAAAAUGCCAAACUGAAAAGGGAAGUGCAAACUAGUGAUAACAAAGUUCAAAGUACUAAAGCAAGACUUGUCAAAAUAGUCAGAGAAAAUGAUGCAUUGAAGAAGGAAUUACAAGACAUCAGACCCAUUGAGGAGAUGCAGCAAGAAAUCAAUACGCUCACAAGACAAUUGGAAAGGAAGGUGAAUGAACUAGCCAGGGUGAGAGGAAGUGCAGCUGAGACAGCACAGAACUUUGUUCAGAGGCUUAAUCAACAAAAUGAAGUCUUAGAAGAGUGGAAAUCACUUUGCCUUGAUCAAACAGAAGAAACCAAAGAGUGGAUGUUAAAAUGUAGGCAGAUAAUUGAUUUGGCUAAUGACAAAAUUCCAGAAUUUGCAAGAGCAUUUAAGCAAGCUGAAGGCAUGGUUCUCCCUGGAGGAACUCCAUUAGAGAUUGUUGAAUUCUUCCAUUUGUGCAAUGAAAUUAUUCCCGCCACUGGAGCAUACAACACACGAUCGCGUAGUCGUGCAAUGGAAAAUUCAAACGUGAAUGAGUCAGCGACCUUAAAUGAUCGGAUGUCUGCAGUGGAGUCUAAAAUGGCCGAAAUAAGUGACAUGAUGAAAUUGCUAACAGAGGCUCUAAAAGGACGGAGUGAUGAUAACCCACCACAGAAUACCGUAGCAGAUGAGAACGCGGCUAAUAGAACAAUUGAGCCAAACAGAAGAUCAGAUCCUAAAGUACCCACGCCAGAGAAACAAGAUUCUGGGAUAGGGGCCUUUAACAUACCGGAUGGUCCUGGGGAAGAUCAUGCCUACAUGUUCCAAAUCCCACAAGUGCUACAUAAAGAGAAGGAGUUGAAAGAAGAACUUGGAGAGAUGAAAGAUCAAUUGAAGGCUCUUCAAGGAUCAAACACGUGGGGUUCCUUAGACUUGAAAGAAUUAUGUUUGACCCCAGAAAUUGAUAUGUCCAUAUGGUCACAAGAUGAGAAGUUUCUGAUAAACUUCUUUCCUGAAAGCUUAACUGGAGCCGCAUUGACUUGGUACAUGCAACUAGACCAAACCAAGAUCAAAAGAUGGAAAGACCUUGUGGAUGUUUUCAUGAGACAAUACAAGUUCAAUCUUGAUACUGCUCCGACCAGAGAACAAUUGAAAGCAAUGACCAAGAAAUCAUCAGAGUCAUUCAAAGAAUAUGCUCAAAGAUGGAGAAUAGUGGCUUCGCAAGUGCAACCUCCAAUGGUUAAUUUCGAACUUUGCUCGUACUUCAUCCGUGCAUUGCCUAAGCCAUUUUACCAACACAUGAUAGGAACACAUGUCACUGAUUUUGCUGAUUUAAUGGUAAUUGGGGAAAGGAUUGACAUAGACAUACGAGAAGGGAAGAUAGCCACUUCUCAAGCUGAAAGUAGUUCACGAAAGAACUAUGACCAAAAAAAGAAAGAAGGGAAUGUGAACUAUAUUCAACCUAUAAGACAAGCAGCUACCAAUUCUCAAGUCCCUUAUCAAGUAGAGGGAAGGAAUCAAAGACAGCAACAAUUUGGGUUCAGGCCUAACAAGCACGGACAGGAUGGAGAGAGGAGAAAUGUCCAAUCCAGGGAUAGUCGCCCAUGGCCCAAUUUUGGAUUAACAAAUGCUGAAUUGUACCAUAAACUUUUGACAGCCCAAUUAUUAGGUCCGCGACCUUAUAAGCCUCUUGGUCCGCCUUACCCGGCAUGGUAUAAUCCAAAUGUUGUUUGUGAAUACCACAUGGGUGCACCUGGGCACUCAAUAGAAGACUGUGUGACGUUUAAAAGGAAUGUGCUAGACCUAGUUGAUUCUAACCAUAUCCAGCUUAAAGAAGAGGGAAGCUCUACCCUUACUACUGAUCCACUCCCAAAUCACGAAAAACGAGUCAACGCUAUUGAAGAAGAAGAUGCGUGCUUCAAAAGCUCCGCAAGGAUCAGGAUGCCUAUGAAUGAGCUUUAUGCUCACUUAAAGGAGUAUGGCUAUAUGCGAGAAAUGCUCCUCACGAAUAAUAUCAGUGAUCAAAUGCCUGGAUACUGUGAAUAUCAUCAGGAGAAAAUAGGCCAUGACAUAGAAAGUUGUGAACAGUUUAAAGGAGCUGUUAGAAAAAUGAUGGCGUUAGGGAUCGUGUCUGUAAAGAAGGGAGACGCCAAAGUGUGCAUGGUAGAAAAAAAACAUGUUGAGCUUGUCAUUAAAAAUUCGAGCCCAAAAGAACGGGUUCAGGCAGUCUCUUUUGUGAUAAACAAAGCCUCUGCAGAUCUUGUACCUCACGUAAGACAACCAACAUUGACCAUAAGCACGCCUCAUCCCUUUCCCUAUGAAAGUGAUCGAGCAGUCCCGUGGAAAUAUCAAAGCAUUGUGGAGAACCACAAAAACCCAACGUUGAUUGCCGGGACAAGCAAUGAAAUGGCAAACCAAGGGGGUGUUACUCGAAGUGGAAAACCAUACUUACCAUCUUACAUUAGGAAAAUGGUAAAAGAGAAAAAUGCAAGUAUUGACAGGCCAAAGGAAGAUAAUCCUAAAGAAAUGGAAAAAUUAGAAGAUGAGUUUUUAUCGAUUAUGAAGCAAAGUGAUUACAGCAUUGUGGACCAAUUGAAGAAAACUCCAGCGCGUAUCUCCAUACUUUCUUUGAUUUUGAGUUCCGAAGCGCAUCGCCAAGCAUUGCAAGAAGUGUUGAAUCAAGCUUUUGUGCAGCCUAAUAUAACCCCUGAGAAGGUGGCAAGUGUAAUGAAUGUUGUAAAAGCCUCCUCUACCAUUUCCUUUUCGGAAGAGGAAGUUACAGAAACCGCUGUCCACCAAGCCAAGGCUUUGCACAUCACUUUGAAAUGUGAAGGGUUCAUAAUCGCAAGAGUAUUAAUUGACGGAGGAUCAGCGUUAAAUGUCUUGCCGCUCUCCACAUUCGAAUCAUUAUCACUAGAGGCUUCAAGUGUACAUAAAAGUAAUAUUGUGGUAAGAGCAUUCGAUGGAUCAAGACGGGAAGUAUUAGGAUCCGUUUGUCUCUCCCUGGAGAUAGGGCCAAGCAGGUUUAAGGUGGAUUUCCAACUCAUGAACAUAGACCCAAGUUACACAAUGCUGCUAGGAAGGCCAUGGAUUCAUUCUGCUAGGGCUGUUCCUUCUACCUUACAUCAAAAGGUUAAAUUCAUCAGUGAUGGGAGAAUUAUAGCAGUUAAAGGAGAGGAGGAAAUCAUGGUGAGCAAACCAAGCUCACUCCCUUAUAUUGAGGCUGCAGAGAAAGAUCAUGGAGUUUCUUUUCAAAGCCUAGAGGUUGAAGAUAUUUGCGAUAGUACUCACAACAUCAAUUCCGUCGUGGCUAAAAUCAUGACGAAGAGUGGGUUUAUGCCAGGGAAAGGUUUAGGCUCUCAUUUACAAGGAAUUACGUGUCCAAUUAAGGUUUUGGAUAAUUGUAAUCGCCAAGGGUUAGGGUAUGAGCCUACCCUAGAAGACCAGAUGAAAGACAAAGCAAGCUUGGCAAAAGGCAAAAAGGCUAGUAAAUUGGAGAUUCCACACAUUAAAGAAUCCUUCCCAGGCCCGUCCGAGAUGAUAUAUAAACCAACUAUCUCAGUGAUCUCUUUUAAUGAAGAUGUAGCAUGCAGAACAAGUGCCUCAAUUGCAGUCGAUGAUUCCAACAAAGUUCUGGCGAAUUGGGAGUUUGAAGAGGCCAAUGAUGUCAUUAGCUUAGAGGAUUUUGUUUCUUCUGAUUCCAUCUCCCACCCAGAGAUUAAUAAACCCUGUGAAGAUGAUUCAUUCGUUGCCACUGAUAUGCAUGAUUGUGAGUCUGAUGAUGAAGACAUAAUCCAAACUUUUUCAAAGAUGCUUGAAUUGAGUGAUAAGGGAAUAUGCCCACAUGAAGAAGUGAUUGAGAUGGUUAAUAUGGGAACCGAGGAGGAUCAAAGAAUGCUCAAAAUAGUAGAUAACCUGAAAGGACAAAUGAUUGAGUUGUUCAAAGAAUACAUAGAUGUGUUUGCAUGGUCAUAUAAAGACAUGCCUGGGCUAGACCCAAGCAUUGCUUCUCAUAAAAUACCAUUACUUCCCAAGGUCGAGCCUAAGAAACAGAAGUUAAGGAGAAUGAACACGGGGGUGUCCUUGCAAAUAAAAGAAGAAGUAAUAAAGCAGUUAGAAGCAGGAUUUUUGGAGGUAGUAACUUACCCACAAUGGGUGGCAAAUAUUGUUCCUGUUCCUAAAAAAGAUGGUCGGAUUCGAAUGUGUGUUGAUUAUCGUAAUCUAAAUAAUGCGAGUCCGAAAGAUGACUUUCCAUUACCCCACAUUGAUGUAUUGGUCGAUAAUACUGCUCGAAGCUAUCGCUAUUCCUUUAUGGAUGGUUAUUCAGGGUACAAUCAAAUCCCUAUGCAUGAAAGGGAUAAAGAGAAAACAACCUUUACAACCCAAUGGGGAACUUAUUGUUAUCGGGUAAUGCCUUUUGGUUUGAAAAAUGCUGGGGCAACUUAUCAACGAGCUAUGGUAGCACUAUUCCAUGACAUGAUGCAUAAAGAAAUUGAAGUAUAUGUAGAUGAUAUGGUAGCUAAAUCAGCGGAGAAUGAGAGUCAUGUUGGAGUCCUUAGAAAGCUAUUUGGGAGAUUACGCGAAUAUCGGCUAAGAUUGAAUCCUAACAAAUGCAUUUUUGGAGCUCUUUCUGGGAAGUUAUUGGGAUUCAUUGUGAGUCGUAAAGGGAUAGAAGUAGAUCCAGAUAAAGUGAGAGCAAUUCGAGAAAUGCCAUCUCCCCAAACAGAGAAAGAAGUUAGAAGUUUCUUGGGACGAUUGAAUUACAUUGCUAGAUUCAUUGCCAAUCUAACAGCCACUUGCGAACCAAUGUUUAAGCUGUUAAAGAAAAAUUGCAAGGAGACAUGGGAUGAUGAUUGUCAAAAGGCCUUUGAUAAAAUUAAAGAUUAUUUGUUAAAUCCCCCGAUUUUGGUACCUCCAUCACCAGAUCGUCCACUAAUCCUUUACCUAACAACUUUACCUCGCUCAAUGGGAGCAAUGCUAGGUCAACUUGAUGAUUCUGGAAAGAAGGAAAGAGCGAUUUAUUUCUUGAGCAAGAAGUUUAAUGAGUGUGAAGCUCGUUAUCCGGUGAUUGAGCGAACUUGUUGUGGACUAGUAUGGGCAACUAGAAGGCUAAGGCAAUACAUGCUUUACUACACUACCUGGCUAAUCUCACGAGUGGACCCACUUAAAUACAUCUUUGAGAGCCCGCACAUUGCUGGUAGAGUACUAAAAUGGCAAGUUGUACUAUCAGAAUAUGAUAUAAAGCAUGUGAUGCAAAAGUCAGUCAAAGGUAGUGCAAUAGCAGAUCACUUGGCCGAUAAUCCUUUAGAGGAUGACCAGCCAUUAGAUUUUCAAUUUCCUGAUGAAGGCAUAUGCACUACAGAAGAAGGUUGUGAUGAAGGAAACAAUGAAGAGCAAGAAUGGGAAAUGUAUUUUGAUGGAGCCGCCAACAUGCAUGGAAAUGGGGUAGGAGCGGUGAUCGUUUCACCAGAAGGAAAACAAUUUCCAGUGGCCAUCAAAUUAGAAUUUGAUUGUACUAACAACAUAGCAGAAUAUGAAGCUUGUGUUAAUGGUCUUCGAGCAGCUAUUACCCUUGGUAUACGGUGUUUGAAGGUAUUUGGUGAUUCAGCUCUCAUUAUUCAUCAAGUAACAGGAGAAUGGAGAACAAAGGAUGUAAAAUUGAUUCCCUAUCAAGAACUCCUAACAGAUUUGAUUAAGCAAUUUAAGGUUGCUAGCUUUCAUCACUUGACUAGAGAUAAAAACCGUUUCGCUGAUGCUUUAGCCACUUUAGCAGCAAUGAUCCAACUUGAUUGUGGAGUCCAUGUCCAACCCAUCCAAGUGGAAGCUAGAAGCUUUCCAGCGUACUGUCUGAAUGUUGAAGAAGAUCGAGAAGAAUAUCCUUGGUUCCAGGAUAUUAAGGAUUAUAUCACUAAGAGAUCAUACCCAGCUGGAAUGACUGAGAAUGAAAAGAAAACCCUUCGUCGUUUGGCUAUGACAUUCUUUAUCAGUCAAGGUUUGUACAAGAGGGGUUAUGAUGGUACUUUACUUCGCUGUGUGAGUUCAGAAGAAGCAAAGAAAAUCAUGGUUGAGGUACAUGAGGGCAUAUGUGGCACGCAUGCGAAUGGUCACACUAUGGCCAAACAGAUUCAAAGGUGUGGCUACUUCUGGCUAACAAUAGAGAAAGAUUGCUUUGAGCAUGUCAAGAAAUGCCAUAAAUGUCAGAUCUAUGCUAAUAGGAUAAAUGCUCCUCCAAUCCCAUUACAUAAUUUGGUAUCACCCUGGCCAUUCUCAAUGUGGGGCAUUGACAUUAUUGGCCCAAUUAACCCAAAAGCUUCGAAUGGACAUCGCUUCAUCCUUGUCGCGAUUGACUAUUUCACAAAAUGGGUAGAAGCAAAUUCAUUUGCUAGCAUCACGCAAAAGACGUUCCUUAAAUUCAUGAAGACAAAUAUUUUAUGCCGAUAUGGGAUUCCUGAAAGGAUCAUUACUGAUAAUGGUCCCAAUCUCAAUGGAACGGAAGUCAGGAACUUUUGCGAGAAGUUCCAAAUCAAGCAUCAUAAUUCAGCCCCAUAUAGACCUCAAAUGAAUGGAGCAGUUGAAGCAGCCAAUAAAAAUAUUAAGAAGAUCAUUGGAAAAAUGACAGUAACUUAUAAAGAUUGGCACGAGAUUCUUCCCUAUGCUUUACAUGGUUAUCGUACUACUGCACGCACAUCCACAGGGGUAACCCCAUACUCCCUUGUUUAUGGAAUGGAAGCUGUUACACCUAUCGAGAUGGAAAUACCAUCUUUAAGAGUAUUGGCAGAGGUAGAUUUAGAAGAAAAUGAAUGGAUACGAACCCGAUUUGAGCAACUUAACAUGAUUGAAGAGAAAAGGCUCAUUGCAAUGUGUCAUGGACAAUUGUACCAAAAGAGAAUGGCAAGAGCUUUUGAUAAAAAACUUUGCCCACGGGAAUUCAGUGCUGGUGAUCUUGUACUCAAGAUAUUGCCUAACCAAGAAGAUAAUAGAGGCAAAUGGGCUCCGACCUACGAGGGACCUUAUAUUGUCAAACAUGCCUUUUCUGGAGGAGCACUGAUCCUAGCUGACAUGGACGGUCAAGAGUUAGCAAAGCCCAUUAAUGCAGAUGCUGUCAAGCGUUACUUUGCUUAA